CAAACAUUCAUUGCUGCCAACAUGAAACACAAAGCCUUAUUUACAUUAAUUAUUUUCAUCAAUUUUCAUUGUUUAUUGAUUUUAAUUUUUAUUUAACAAUUAUAAAUAAUUUAAACAAACAGAUAUUGAUAAAUUAAUUAAAUAAAUAACAUAAUUAAUUAAAAGAUAAAUGCAAUAUUAAAGUACUUUUUAAUUUUUUUUUUUGUCGUUUUUCAUGUAAACCAAUAUUAAACUUGAUCACUCUUUUUUAUUUUUUUUUUUCUCUCUCUCUGUCACUCUCGAAACAUCACCCAUGUUCUUUCGCAUUUGUUAUUUUUCCAUUAAGAAUUUGACACAUCACAUUUUUUAUUAUAAUAAUAAAUAUCAUUAAAAAAAAACAAGAUAAAGAGGAAAUUAAGUGACGUAUUAAAAACACUCGUGGAAUAAAUUUUCUACUCAGAAUAAAACAAACAAUAAACUUCAAUACUAAUUGUUUAAUUUUAAAUUAUAAUUGUUAUAAAAGUUAUUUGUUAAUUAUUAUAUAUAUGUGUUGAUUAAAAAAAUUAAUUAUUAUUUGUUGUUAUUAAAAAUGAAGCUAGUAUGGAUAAUUGGAGUUGUUUUUUUGAUAAUGCAAGGUUGCUUUGCACCACCAGUUACCAAAACAAAAGCUGAUGAGGAAAAAGCUGAUCAUGAAAAUGAUGAUGACAAUAAUAUAGAAACUGAGUUUGAUUUACCCUAUCAACGUUAUCUCAAUGAAGUUGUCCAGGCACUUGAAACUGAUCCAGAAUUUCGUAAAAAACUUGAAGUUGCUCCAAAAGAAGAUUUUUCUACUGGUAAAAUUGCCCAUGAAUUGGAAUUUGUUCAUCACAAUGUAAGAAAUAAAUUAAAUGAGAUUAAAAGAAUUGAAUUAACAAGAUUAUUACAUCUUGAAAAUGAACUUCAAAGAAAAUUAGAUUCAUCAAAUCCAGAUUUUAAGGAUCAUGUUGAUCAUACAAAUCAUGAUAAUUUUGAUGUUGAAGAUUUGAAAAAACUCAUUCACAAGGCAACAGCUGAUUUAGAAGAAGUUGAUAAAAAACGUCGUGAGGAAUUUAAAAAAUACGAAAUGGAAAAAAAAUUUGAAGAACAAUUAAAAGUACAAGAAAUGGAUGAAGAACAGAAAAAAAAAUAUGCUGAAGAGCUUGAACAUUUAAAACAAGAACAAAAAACACACAAGCCUAUUCAUCAUCCAGGUAGUCAAAAACAAUUGGAAGAAGUUUGGGAAAAUCAAGAUCACAUGGGUGAUCAAGAAUUUAAUCCAAGUGCAUUUUUUCAAAUUCAUGAUCUUGAUGGAAAUCGUCACUGGGAUGAAAAUGAAGUUAAAAUAUUAUUUUUAAAAGAAUUAGAUAAAAUGUAUGCUGGUUCUAAAGUUGAUGUUAAUGAACGUGCUGAAGAAAUGGAAAGAAUGAGAGAAAUUGUAUUCAAAGAAGCUGAUACAAAUAGAGAUGGUUUCAUCAGUUAUUCUGAAUUUUUGGAAAAUACUAAAAGAGAUGUGUCAAAACAAGAUCCAGAAUGGCAGCCUAUUAAUAAUCAAGAAGUUUAUACAUCUGAGGAGUAUGAAGCAUUUCAGAGACAAAGAGAAGCACAAAUUGAAAAAAUGAAAGCUGAUGGAUUGCUACCAGCUCAACCACAUUUUGGACAUGAUGGACAAUUGAUUGAAAAUCAGUAUCCAUACCAGGGUCAGGUGCCAAUUAAUGGCCAACAAUAUCACGGUCAACCACCUCAGUAUCAAGGGCAUCCAAAUGAUAUACAAUAUCAGCAACAACAUCCACCACAAUAUCAAGGACAACAUCCACCGCAAUAUCAACAACAACAUCCACCUCAAUAUCAGCAACAACAUCCACCACAGCAUCAAGGACAACAGUAUCAACAAAUGCCUGUUCAACAUCAGCAAGUACCUGUUCAACAUCAACAAGUCCCUGUUCAACAUCAACAAGUACCUGUUCAACAUCAGCAAGUACCUGUUCAACAUCAACAAGUACCUGUUCAACAUCAACAAGUACCUGUUCAACAUCAGCAAGUUCCUCAGCAUCAACAAAUUCCAGUCCAACAACAUCCAAAUCAAGUACCCCAACAUGUAGAACAAAAUAAUAUUAAUACAAACCAACAAAUUCCUCAACAAGUGGCAGCUCAAAAUAUUCCACAACAACAAAUACCUGUUCAAAAUAAUCAAGUACCAUUAAAUACCCAAAAUAUCAAUAAUAAUUUACCUCCUCAACAGCAACAACAACAAAAUCAACAGCCUUCUCAAUCACAACAACAUUUAUCAGAUGAUAAAUCAAAAAUUACUUCCAAUGAAAUUAAACAUUAAAAUAUAAGAUAAUCACUGCUUAUUUUACCAUGGACAUUCUAAAUAGGACACAAAAAUUAAACGACUCUUUAAAUUUAUAAAUUUUACAAUAGCCCAGGCAAAUUGGGAUAAUAUGAUCAAUAAAAAAAUUCUCAACAUAACAUAA